CUCUUUUGGACAGCACAUGGCAUCCGACAACGACGACGACCGAGGCGACGAAAGCUGGCUCGACCAUGAUGCCGCUGCUGCGAAUGACCAUGAUGAUUAUGAUGAUCAUGAUCAUGAUGAUAAUCAUCAUCAUAACGACCAUGGCCUCAACCACGAUGACGAUCUGGGUGACCUCCUUGCGGGCAUGGCAGAGGCAGCCGAGCAUGAGUGCAACCAACACGACAGCAACAGCGUUUCUGAUGACCGCCAUGCGGAGACGGAUCACCAGCACGACAACGACCGCGACAACAGCACCAAUGUGACCAACGGCAACAGCUAUGACAAUGACGAGGAGGAUGACGAGGACGACGAAGUUGCGCGACUGCAGGCGCAGCUGAACGAAGCGAAGGCGCGCAAGGCGGCGAAAUUGGCGGGAAGACUGGAAGCGAGCUCCACGAACACCACUGCCACCACUCCCACCGGCAGCGCAGCUCAGCCAGCACUACGAGACACCAACCACGACCGAGUUACAGACGCCUCUGACGGCCCACGCAACGCGUUGGCAUUCACAGCGCAGACCAGCGAGCGCAAGACCGCCAGUUUCCCGCCAAAACCAGCCACGCUCGACCCUCAAGCCCCGCGAGCCCCGACCGCCCGACCACCAGGCUCCGAGUCAUCUGCCACACAAAGCACUCCACUUGGCACGCGGAUCAAUCGAGUAGAGCAGCGAAAUCUAGCCAUUUCUGGGCAUCAUCGCUCCACGGACCAGAGUCCGCCAACUGCUUCUGCUGCUGCUGCACCUGCCAGACAAUCCACGGCACCGCUGCAAGAAGGCUUGACAGAGCUCGAAAAAAUUCGCAUGGAGGAAGAUACCCCCGCGCGGUCGACACAGACACCCGAGCAACGCGCCGCGCACCGCGCCGGAUUGAAUCAGCUUCGCUCCGGUCUCGGUGAUGAUGCCAAAGAUCUCAGUCUAGGAAACGCGUCCUCUCGUAGCGAUACUUCAGCCGCCAGUCAGAAUUCCCCAGCCCUCAAGCCCAGGAGCGACUUUUUCAAACCCGCCUUCACUACGCAAUCCUCCCCAGCGCAAAACACACCGCCAACAACAUCCUCCAGCCCUGCACACGCUGCCAGUACUCCUAUAGCGACGCGCCAUGUGCUGGCCGUGUCAGAUCCCCCUCAGGCCGCCAAACCGGCCUUUCUCUCGCCUGCGGAUGUGCUCAGCAACGCGGAUCUUGCUCCGCCACGCGCAACGACCAGCAUGAUUGGCCAAAAGCGCCACGACAACGUGUCCCUGUGUGUCGAGCCGUUCUCUGGCCUGCGGCUUGUCAAUCGUGUCGUCCCCGAAGCAUCGUUCGCCGAAAUGGUUGGCGGUCGCCGCAACAUCCCACUCGUGCAGCUGCAGUCGCACGUUCCCCUCGUGAUACGCGGUCUAGCAUCAAACCCACCUGUCGUGUAUGAUUGGUUUACUAUCGGCGUCCUCUGCGACAAAGGGCCAGUGCGCACGACCAAGAAUGGCCAGCCAUUCGUGUUCUGGACGCUGGUCGAUCUCAAGGGCAACGAGCUGAGCUUGUUCAUGUUCCAAAAGGUUGCCAGUGUGCACAACAAGGAGACCAUUGGCGCCGUGUUUGCUCUGCUCAAUCCACAGCCGAUGCCAGCCAAGGGCGGGACUGGCGCCCAGCCCGCCAUUGAAAGUCGUCCAAGCGUCAAGAUCGAGGAAGCUGGAAAGCUUCUCAAGCUGGGCUCGUCGGCGGAUUUGGGCUUUUGCAAGGGCAAGCGAAAGGACGGGGCCAAUUGCACCAUGGCGCUCGACGUGACUGGCGGAGACUACUGCAAGUUCCAUGUUGCCAAGGCGUACAAGGAAAAGCGGUCUGCACGCAUGGAGCUCAAUUCAAACUUUGCCCCCAAGGUGUUUGAUAAUGGCUGGAAGCAGCCUGCACAGACUGCUGCAGGCAAAGCCCCGCCUCCGGUGGGAGUGUUGAUCAAUCGAACUGCUCAGGCUGCAGCGUCCUUUCGAUUCGCGGCUGACGGCUCACCAUUAUCCCACCGUGCUGCCGCUGCCAUCAUGGAUUCCCAAGACGGUAUGACGGUCAUGCUGCAGGAUAUGCAACGCAAAUCGAGCGACGCCGCGAAACAAACAGCGCAAAACCCCUCGGCGCAACAAGCCGCAGCCGACCCGCUGGCGCAGGUUGUAAAGUUUUGCUCACCAAGCGCACGCCACCUUGCCAGCGAAGCAGCUGCCGAACGCGAGAGCGACUUGAGGGAUUCACAAUCCGAGCCCAGGUCGUUGGAGCGCGGCGGCAGCUUCAACGGCGUGGAUCGCGCUGACAGGCAGACGGGGCGCACUGAUCCAGCCAUCGUCAGGCAGCUGGGAUUUGACCCGUAUCACCGGAACGGGCUCGCCAAAGACAAUAACGAGACUGGCAGCACGUAUGAGCUUGUCAAAAAAGCCCAAAAAAUCUUUCAGACGCUGCCCGGCACCCAAAGCGACGCGUCCGGUCUGCCUCAGCUUUCUGCGUUUGGCAUGGGACUACAGCCUGCUCAGCGCACUGUGCAACUGUCGACGACUGCCAGGCCUGCUGCCAAAGCUGGCGACGAGUACGAUCGCAACCUGGCACUGGCCGUUGCGCGAGUCCGCAUGAACGGUCCAAUCCAGCGGCAAGAUCCGAACGCCAUUCCACGAGCCAAGCGCUCUGCCGUUGAUCCCGCAGCGCAAGAACACGGUGCUGAAAACAUGUCGCGGUCGUCAGCCGAGGCUGAUCCAGACUCGCAGAGAAACUUUGAUGCCCAUGCCGUGAAACGAUCGCGCCUGUCAGGGGUGCUUGGCGAACUGGACGAAUCGAGCAAGCAAGAACUAACGGCGGCGAAAUCGACCCACGUCGAUGCCGCCAACACGGAGCAAAUGCGCCGCUUCCGCGACCAAGUCAGUCACCUGGAAGAGAUGGACAAGAUGGUGGCCAAGAUGGAGGAGCAGACCGAAGCCAAGAUUGAUGGCUUUCGGUGUCGUGAGUGCAACUACACGGAUGACACUCCGCACGGCGACUGUCGCAAACAACAGCACUUUCUGGAGCGUGUCAAAGUUGUCAAGCGGUGGUUUAGCUGCGUAAAGUGCAAGUUCCGUACCACCACCAUCAACCAACGGAUUCCCAUGCAAUCGUGUUCGCACUGCGAUAGCAAUCAAUUCGUGCCCGCGCCCUCGACCAAUGUGAACAAGUUCAAGCCAGCGCGGCGCCCGGACGAGGAGGGAUUGCAGCCUCGAGGGCUCGAGGUCGCCAAGUACGGCGAGCGGUUUAUUAAAUAAUAUUGCAAAGUAAUUUCUUUCGAUUUGUAGAAAAACAGGACGCGUAGCAAUGACGCGAGGAUAAGGGUAAUUGUAACAAUAAAAGGAAAGAAAAAAAAUUGAAGAA